CUUCCCUAACACUCGCCCUCUCUCAGCCUCUCUUACACAUACGGAUAUUUACAGAUAUAUAUGUUUAUGUACGUACAGGGCUGCUGCUAAUUCGAAGUGUGUAGAAGAAGGAGAUGUUUUAUUCGAACACUUUCUUGGCGAGAAAGGGCCCGUUGGGCGUCGUUUGGUGCGCGGCCCAUUUGCAGCACAAGCUCAGAAAGCCGCAGUACCUCUCAACCAACGUCCCCUCCACCGUCGAACGAAUCAUGUACCCUGAAGUGCCGAUUGCCCUGAGAUUGUCUGGCCAUCUUUUGCUUGGAGUUGUUCGGAUAUACUCCAAACAAGUCGACUAUCUUUAUGAAGACUGCAAUGAAGUACGGAUCACAAUAAAUAGGGUCUACACAACUGUGAACCUCAAUCUUCCAAAUGACGCGACUCAUGCGCAGGUUCAGGCCGUAACUCUGCCAGAAAAAUUUAAUCUUGACACCUUGGAAUUGGAUGAUCGUUUUAAGGACUGGGGUGAGGAUUCUCAUUUUAAGAGCUGGGAUGACAUAACUAUGACAGAGCAAAUUCCUACUGGAAAAGAUCCAUAUAUUGUCAUCACUUUUGACAAGGAUCUAAGGGAUACAUCACAAACCGAACAUCAUUCGGAAACUGGGCCCACUCCAAUGGACGAAGAUGUCCCUCCUACAAUUCAAGUCGAUACACCUGGCGAUUUGAAUGAUCCAUCUUCCAGUAAUCCUAUAGGGGCUGAUGACACAAAUAUUGAAAAUAGAACUCCUCAAAAAGAAUCACCGAGUAUUGAAAUCAUGCGUGAUGCGGCCCAUAAUUUCGAUUUCAACAAUUCCCCUAUACUGCCAGAUCGUGCGGCCCCUGAUAAAUUUCUUGAGGAGCAAAUCACUAAAGAUAAGGAGAUUCUUACUCCGGCUACUGAAGAAAUGCCGUUGCUUGAUGCUCGUUUUUCAUCUCCCCAUAAUAAUGUUCUUGAAGAAGAGCAGCAUUCGCUCGGACGAUUGAACUCCCCAACUCCUUUUGUCCACCAGACGCCAGAAAUGGAAAUCCGGCAAAGUCCACUUGUUUUGCAACAGAGAGUAAGGAGAAAGAGGAAACAGUUUUUCGAUGAGGUCACAGUACUGAGCAACGAGCAAGUCAAAGCUGCUCUAGACGACACGAGCGAUAUCCUUCGGAUUAAGAGAAACUGCCCUUCAUCUUCACUGUCCAUCUGGAAACACAACAACAUGCUACGAUUAAGAAAUAAAGAUUCUAUUUUUGAGCCCUUCAUAAAUGGAGCUUGUGCCGAUUUGCGAGAUGUAUAUAAAGAAAACAUAAUAAUCCCUGCCAAAUUCCAAUUAGACCCCACUCAAGAAACCAAUCCAGACAUGCCAAGUGUCGAGAUUGAAACUCUACGUAAUAACGAAUGCCCCUCGCCAGAUAAUCACCUCCUAUCUUUCUCCAUGGCUGUGCCUUCUCCGGGUGACAAAAAUUAUUUCACUCCCGAUAAUUCCAAAUUGGGCUCGGUUUUAGAACAUGUGGAAGCCACUGAAGGGGACGAUCGGCUGCCCACAGGGGACGUGGGCCCAUCUGGAAAUUUCGACUCUGAUAUGCAAACCCCAGAAACAUUCGACAGUAUGGGAUUUCGAGCUGAGCACACAACUCUGUCUGAUAUUCCUGAGCUUGUGCCUUCUGCUGGGGAGCUUGGGUUUCUCGAACAAGAUGACAAUUCUCCAGCUGAAUUGCAAGGAACACCCAAAGCUAUAAACUUUCCACAGAAUCAAGAAACUCCAGAGCUGCAGGCAUUGUCUUCACGAGCAAGGGCCGUGGCCCAGUAUUUGCAAAGGCAGUCAUCGGUAAGGCCUACCCCAGAAAAUACAGACGAACAACCCGAAGAAUUGAGUUUGGACAAGAUUCUUCAAGGCAAGCCUAGAAAAGUAUGUGCCCGAAUGUUCUUCGAGACUUUGGUCUUGAAAACUCAUGGGCUUGUAGAUGCACGUCAAGAGACUCCGUACGGUGAUAUCACGUUGAAAGUGACGCCUAAGCUCUCCAGGGGAAAAUUUCCGGUCUAAAUAUCAAAUGUGUUAUAGCUAUUNGUUAUGCAGGUGUGUAUGUAUAACAGAAAUAAUUCUGCCCCAGAAGAAUUUUUGCUCAUGAAAUGGUUGUGCUAAAUUAUAAUGUUCUCUCCAGCUAUUUUUGUAUGUUUUUUGGAUAAUCUUUAUGUAAUUUCAGGAUAUAACCAGUAUCUGAAGGGUUUUACAUGUAGUUGGGGCAGAUUAUAUGGUGUUGAACUAAUAAGCAUGUAAUGGUGUAAUGUCUAUGGUGGCUUUGGCAUUAAUUUUGAUUAUGUAUUUUUGUAAUUUUGUGGAUGGUUAAUGGGCAAUCAGCAAUGUCUGAACUUUUGCUAUACUAUGGUCUUGCUGUUUAUUGAUGAAAUGGCUGGUUUUAAUUUUUACUACAUUAU